AUGAUUUUUUCCAUUGAUGUGGUUCAUUGUCAAGAUUGUUCCGUUACAUCAUGGAGUACUUGGGCUUGCAGUGUUACUUGUGGCAAUGGUACUUUUGCAAGAUCAAGAGACUGUAUAACUAAUUUUACAGUUACAUGCAAUACAUGUCCGGAAUUACCCGCCAAUACUUCUCAUCAAGUUCAAACGAUGGAUUGCAUACGCGAUCCAUGUCCGUUUUGUACAUGGACAAAUUAUACUGUAUAUCCAUGUUCGGCAUCAUGUGGCACUGGCUUUCAAUUACAAACACGUCAGUGUUUAACACCUAGUGGCCAAGCAUGUGGUACAUGUGUUGGUAGUGAUGUAGUAUCAGCAGCUUGUGCAGAUUUACCAGCCUGUCCUGAUUCAUGUCCACUCUAUAGUCAUCUAGAACGAAAUUAUACCGAUUGUGGUGUCACGUGUCAAAAUCGCACUGGUACUUUAAAUUGUUCAGUACAAAGUGUUGGAUGUGUAUGUGAUUCUGGUUACUUUCGAGAGACCGCUGGAGGAUCAUGUAUACGAGAAUGCGAUUGUGGUUGUAUUGAUUCGUCAUCGAUUUAUCGCCGAUUAAAUGAAGUAUGGAAUGGAACAUGUGCUACAUAUUCAUGUACUACGGGUGGUGUUAUUAAUCAAAUUGGAACUAUUUGCAAUACCAGUGUUUUACCUACUCCAGUGAAUGGUGGUUGGAGUGCUUGGGUAGAUUCUUCUCCGAUUGUUUGUUCAGCAACUUGUGGCAAUGGUUCACGACCACAAUUUCGUACUUGUACAAAUCCAACACCAGAAUUUGGUGGUUUAUAUUGCAAUGGUUCAGGCGUACAAUUAAUUAUUUGUUCAACUAAUAUUACAUGUCCUGGAUCGGAUACUUGGGGAAGUUGGUCUACAUGGAGUGGAUGUAGUGUAACUUGUGGUAAUGGUACUCAAACAUCUUAUCGAAAUUGUACAAGUGCAUCAUCUUCUGGAUCGGGUACCGCUUCUUGUAAUGGAUCAAGUAUUAAUACAACCACUUGUUAUAGAGGAUCUUGUCCAAUCGAUGGAACAUGGACUAAUUUUAGUAGUUACUCACCAUGUUCAGGAAUUUGUUCAUUAGGUUUACAAGCUAGUCGUCGUACUUGUGUUAAUGAAACAGCUGGUGGUAUGACAUGUUCUGGUUAUGGACUUCAAUUUGUUAAUUGUUCAGGAUAUAAUGAUUCAUAUGAAUGUGAUGUUACUGGUUAUUGGAGUAAUUGGACUAAUGUUAGUAGUUGUUCUGCAUCAUGUGGUAUUGGAUAUCAGUAUCAAACACGACAAUGUCUUGGUGUUGGUUAUGGUUGUGUUGGUGAAGCAAUUAAUGUCACAACUUGUAAUACAAGUAUUAGUUGUCCAGUUGAUGGAAAUUGGACGAUUUGGUCAAAUUGGUCUUCAUGUCCAGCAACAUGUGGUACAGCUACAAUAUAUCGUACACGUAAUUGUACUGGUGCAGCUAAUGGUGGUGUUUGUUUGGGUUCAACUGUUGACACACUAUUAUGUGAUACAAAUGUUACUUGUAAUUCAAAUCCUUAUAAUGCCACUAAUGGAGGUUAUACUGCAUGGUCAAAUUGGAGUUCUUGUUCUAGUACAUGUGGUACGGGUGUACAAGUACAAACAAGAUCAUGUACUAAUCCUUUACCACGAUAUGGUGGUAGUUAUUGUGUUGGAUCUCCUAUAAAUGUUAUGUCUUGUAAUUCUACACAACCAUGUCCAGUAAAUGGUAAUUGGACAACUUGGUCAUCCUUUUCAGCAUGUAGUGGUACAUGUGGAAAUAGCACAAUGUCACGUGUGCGUCUUUGUGCAAAUCCACCUCCGAUGAAUGGUGGUCAAGAAUGUAAUGGAGCAGCAGUUGAUAUAGAAUCAUGUGCAACUGGUAUUCCUUGUCCUGUUGAUGGAGUUUGGGGAAAUUGGACAUUGACCACAUCAUGUGUGGGCACCUGUGGUAAUGGAACAGAAAUUUAUACACGUGUUUGUACACAACCAAUUGGUGGAGGUCUUAUGUGUACUGGUCCAACGCAAUUAAUAGAAACAUGUGAUCUUGAUCGACCAUGUCCAGUUGAUGGUGGCUGGAGUGAUUGGAGUAAUUUUACAGCAUGUAGUGUUACAUGUGGUAUUGGUGUUUAUUCACGAGUUCGUGAUUGUGAUAAUCCAGUACCAAGUUAUGGUGGAGAUUUAUGUGUUGGUCCACCACUUGAAACAGCUUAUUGUUUUCCAAAUGUAUCUUGUCCAAUUAAUGGUGGAUGGACUACUUGGACAAAUUGGACAAGUUGUUCAUUGACAUGUUCCGGUGGUAUACAAACACGAAUAAGAAAUUGUACAAAUCCAACACCAGCUAAUAAUGGAAUUCCAUGUAUUGGAUCAAAUUAUCAAUAUGCAACGUGCAAUGAUGAUAUACCUUGUGUUAUAAUAACUUCAGCUAAUCCAGUGAAUGGAACUUGGAGUGAUUGGGCAAGUUGGGGUUCAUGUGCAAGUUCAUGUGGUAACGGAACUCAAACACGAUAUCGUAAUUGUACGGGACAAUCCAAUGGUGGUUAUCCAUGCAUUGGUGGAGCUAUUAGCUAUCAAGCAUGUAGUACCAAUAUAACAUGUCCAAUUGAUGGUGGUUGGUCAAAUUAUACAAGCUAUGGACCAUGUUCGGCAACUUGUGGUAAUGGAUCACAAACACGUACACGUGAUUGUAAUUCACCUAUUCCACAAUAUGGAGGAGCACAAUGUGUUGGUGAUUCUAAACAAGCACAAUUAUGUUCAUCAACUGUACCUUGUCCAAUCGAUGGUGGAUGGUCAAAUUGGACAAGAUCAGCAUGUUCAGCAACAUGUGGAGUUGGUUAUCGACUUCGACAAAGAAAUUGUUCAAAUCCAACACCACAAUUUGGUGGUAUUAAUUGUAUUGGUUCAGGAGUUGAUACAGUUUUAUGUAAUGUUUCUAAUGUUACUUGUCCAGUUAUGGGAACUUGGAGUAGUUGGGUAAAUGUUACCAAUUGUUCAGCUUCAUGUAGUUAUGGUAUUAUUAUACGUAAUCGAACAUGUCUACCAGCGGGUUCAGCAAAUUGUGUUGGUGAUUCAGUUCAAGUUGAUUCAUGUGAUUCAGGUGUUGGUUGUACUACUCCAGCAUCAUGGGAUUCAGUUACUGGUAAUUGGAGUCAAUGGUCUGAUUGGACAUCGUGUUCUGCAAGCUGUGGAAAUGGUACUCAAUAUCAAACAAGAGCUUGUAAUAAUUCAAUGCCUUCAUCUGGUGGAUCAUUAUGUGUUGGUGAUUCUUUACGAACACAAACCUGUAAUUCAAAUGUUACUUGUCCAAUUAAUGGUAAUUGGAGUGACUGGGGAAGUUUUUCGCCGUGUAGUACAACUUGUGGUCCAGGCAUUCAAACUCGAACUCGAUAUUGUAAUAAUACAAAUAAUUUUAAUGAAUUGUGUAUUGGACAAGCAUUAGAUGUAGAAAAUUGUAAUCAAAAUACAACAUGUCCUGCUGCUGGUGUUUGGGCAGGUUGGACUGAUUGGAGUGUAUGUAGUGGUAGUUGUGGUUAUGGUCUUCAAGUUCGAACACGAAAUUGUACAGUAACAACAGGAGGUGAACAAUGUCCGGAAUCACCAUUACAAAGUCAAAAGUGUAAUACAAAUAUAACAUGUCCAGUUGACGGUGGAUGGGGAAGUUGGACAAAUUGGACAAGUUGUUCAUCAACUUCAUGUAAUGCUGGUACUAGUUAUCGUUUUCGUAAUUGUGAUACUCCUUCACCUUCUAAUGGUGGACAAUUAUGUGCGGGUAAUGCAAUCGAUACAUUAAUAUGUUAUGGAUUAAGUACUUGUCCCAUCGAUGGUGGAUGGACAACAUGGACUAGUUGGUCAUCAUGUUCAUCAACAUGUGUUGGUGGUCAUCAAUAUCGAUAUCGAAAUUGUUCUAAUCCUGCACCAUCUAAUGGUGGUUUAUCAUGUGUUGGCUCAUCAACUGAAAUUGAUGGUGCAUGUGGAAAUACUACAUGUGGAUCGUCGCCAACUGCUAGUAUUGGUGUAUGGCAAAGUUGGAAUUCAUGGUCAGGAUGUGCAGCAACAUGUGGACUUGGUAUUAGUCGACGGGCAAGAAUUUGUAAUACAACUGGUCUACCUUGUGUUGGUUCAUAUUAUGAGAUACAAUCAUGUAAUACAUCUAUUAAUUGUCCUGUUGAUGGUGUUUGGAGUGGUUGGGGUAAUUAUUCGGAUUGUACCGCUUCAUGUGGUAAUGGUAUACAAACACGUACGCGAAUUUGUACUGGUCAAUCUGAUGGUGGACAACCAUGUUUUGGUUCAGCGACACAAACAAUUUCAUGUGCUACAAAUGUAACUUGUCCAGUUGAUGGUCAAUGGACAACAUGGAGUUCACAAUGUCCUUGUUCAGCUACGUGUGGUGCUGGAGUUACUGUUCGUACACGUACUUGUGCACAAAUAAUACCAACAUUUGGUGGUGUGUCAUGUCCUGGUGCUUCACUACUUUAUGAAUCAUGUACAGCUGCACAAAAUUGUUCAAUUGAUGGACAAUGGGGCUCAUGGAAUGCAUGGUCAGCUUGUUCAGCUACUUGUGGUAAAACUUCAACGAAAUAUACAACACGAGCUUGUAAUAGUCCAGCACCAUUAUAUGGUAAAUAG